CUAGUUGACUUUCAGCUGCUCAUAGACACUUUGUUUCAACGCAGUUUCAUGGCCUGAUAGACUACUUUUAAUCUUAUUUUAUUUAUUAAAAAAAAAAAGCAGCAUGAAUCUCGUCAGGUCUCGCCUCUCCAUUGGCAACCUCUUGGGUCAGAGGUGCAGACAGGUCAGUGAGACAUGGAGCCACAGAGGGAUGUGCAAUAAACCACAGGAGGCCAAAGCAGAGCCUCCACCUACAGCUCCAGCACAUGCAACACCUCGCGCGGGGUUCAAAAUCCCAGGCUACAGACCCUCCCCGAUGGACAAGAAGAUCUUGAUUUGGUCGGGACGCUUUAAGACACCAGAACAGAUACCAGAGAUUGUGUCGUUUGAAAUGAUUGACGCCGCCAGAAACAAAGUGAGAGUGAAAACCUGCUACAUUAUGAUGGGCCUCACAAUAGGGGCCUGCUUGUUCAUGGUCUUCCUGGGAAAAAGGGCUGCAGGCAGGAACGAGUCCCUGACAACUCAAAACAUGGAGAAGAAAGCUAAAUGGAGGGAGGAAGUUCAAAGAGAGAGGGAAGCUGCCUUGGCCCUGUCUGAGAAGGCUCAGUGAUGGACAACUAGCCCCCUACACAACUAUGCCAUUUUCCCCAGCUACUGGGCCAAUUAUGUCCCUUUUCCUGCCGUACAAUGUGUCACAAUUAUGGAGCAGUUUAGCAUCAGCUUUUACAACCAGGAGACAAAUAUGGAUUAUUUAAGAAUAGUGAAACCCAGUGUAAGGUUUCAUCUUUUGAGCGAAUGUAUUGAGUGUGUAAAAGGGUACAGGUUUACUGAGGAAUGGCCCUUUUUAAAAAAAUAUGCAAGGAAUGGAACUCACACUCUAACUCAACUGAAAACUGUAAUGCAGAUUUCCAGUGCCAGUGGAUUUUUAUAUCUACUUGUUUGCUUCCAGUACAAACACGUAUGAUUCUCAGACAAGAAAAAUCUGAUGAAUAAACGUACAAAUUUCUAUUUCCCAUUAGGAUUAAUAAGUACUGUCAGUGAUUCUAGUGAUGUUUCAAACAUACCUCUCCAGCUCUUCUACUUCAAAGCCUUAGGUAGUAAAUUUGCAGGAUUCUUGUGUGUUAACCAGUCAUUUAAAGACAAUUUAGCACCAAAGGGUUUUAACUGGUCUUCAAUGGUCUGAGGAGAAGUGGAUCAGACAUGAUCCACACACACACAAUGGUCUGUCCUGUCUUAAUAAUCAUGUGAUGUAACAUCUACAGUUUGUAUAUAGUGAGCACCAAGAUCAGUUCAAUAAAGUAAUACUUCUUGA